ACUUCCUCCGACGAACAACAAACAGUCUUGAAAAUUGAAAUUAACAAAAAAAAAACACUCUCAGAAAUGGCGAAGCGAUCUAGGGUUAUCACCAUGUCUCCUCUCGUUCUCAACCAGGAAGACGAUCGCGAAAUCGAUCUCGAUCUCUGGGAAGUCGUUAACCCCUCAGACGGCGAGUACUCUGACGAUUCUUUCUCCGUCGAUAGUCUUUCCGAUGAUGACGUCAUAUCUCUUGACGAUGCUUCCUUCGUCUCACCGUCCGUCGUUUCUCCGUCUCCUCAGAUGCUCUCUGUGACUGACGGCAGUGAACUCGCCGCGGAUCUGGAUCUCGACGAUCACGUCGAAGGCAAUGGCGGCGGCAACGACGAUGAUGUCUCUCGCGAUGAAGUUGAUGAUAAAGACCUUGGAUGGGCUCAACGGCGGAUGGUGUUGCUCCGUGGAGGUACUACUCUUUAUCCUCUUGGCAUUACGUACGGAGAUUGUGUCAAUCGCGGUGGUUGUUAUGAUGACGGCGAGGAAGAUCGCGGUGCUGAUGAUAGUGAAUACGACGAUUCCUAUGAUCUAGAGGAGGAGCUGGUGCCGCGGAACGUGUGUAAGAAGCUGGGGAGACAGAGGAUGAGGAAACUGGGAAAGAGAGCAGUCGCGAAGGCCUUUACCUCAAAGACGUUUCCGUAUUCUUACUUGAAACAUGGUUGCGUUCGCGGUAAGCAUGGUCUCGGCAUGAAAUUCAAGUGUUGAUCUUCGAUUCCAAGCUUUUUCGAUCUCGGUGAUUUCUUCAGUAAUCAAGAACCAUAGUCAUUCGCUGGUUUAGUCUGGUUUCCCUUUAGAAUUCCUCAGUUUCUAGGUUCGUUUGAUAUGUAAAUGGUAGUUCGAUUGCUUUUAUCCUUUUGGUUUCUCUGAAAACUUCAUUGUACAUGAAUCACGUCUUUUAUCAGAGUUAACGAAAUUGUCCGUAGCUGAUCAGAAACUGGUAAUUGCAAUACUAAUCAGGUUAUGGA